AAUUACCAGAAACAUUACAAUUAAAACAUUCGUAUCAUGAAGAAUAUAUAUCAACAAUAAAUGAACCACGAGAAACAGAACAACUAGCAGAUAGAUGGUUACUAGACAACAACUUCGGGCAAACAAUAGAAUGGAUAAAUAAACAAGAUAAAAAUCAAUAUUCAAAAGUAUCAGAACAAACAAUAUCAAGAACUACAACAAAACCAAGUUCACCAACAUCACCAACCUUUUUUGAUAAAUCAAAAGGAAUAGUACAGGGCACUUUAA